ACGAGGCAAUAUGGCUCCCGGCGGUGGAAGGGAGAGCCUUCACCCCUUUUGAAGCGGUGAAGCGCGGCCGGGGUGGGGGGAGGGGAAGUGACUAGAGUCCAUCAUCGUUUUUAUCCUCUCAGCCUUUCCUAAAUCCGGCCGGCCUCACUCCUCCUCCUCACCCAAAUCCAAUCUGUUGGUCUCCUCCCCACCCCGCCCUCAUCCCCUCGCCCGCUCACCCCUCCCCUCGGGAAUCCUUUUCCCGCCCCCUCGCCCCCCGCGGAGUGCGCACGCGUCCGUCCCCAGCUUCGCGCCCAGAUCGCCACCUAACCUGCUCGCGCAGCCGCCGUCUCGUCUGCCCACCGACCAAGCAUGGGCGUCCAGGGCUUCCAAGAGUUCCUGGAGAAGCGCUGUCCCGGGGCCGUGGUGCCCGUGGACCUCCUCAAACUCGCGCGCACGGUCUCGCGCCAGCAGCAACAGCACCAGCAUCGCCAGCUGCCUCCUCCGGCAGCGCUAGCUCCCGGGGCUCCACGCACCGCCAGGGGCUCUGCGCCUCUGCAACCGCCACUCCCGCCCGCUGCCUUGGGUGCCUACUCCGGGGGCGCGGGGCCGACUCGGCACCAUCACCCCGCUCACCACUUCCACCACCACGGCCAGGCGCACCCUGGGCUGCACCCGCCGCCCCCUCCGCUGCCCGGGGCCCGGGUGCUUGUGGACGCGGGCUCGGCGCUUCCGCGGCUUUAUGGUGGCUACCAGACGGAUUGGGUGUGUGGUGGCCAAUGGAACGCCAUGCUGGGCUACUUGUCAGCGCUAUGCCAGGCUUGUGCCUAUCCCGGCGGCGACGGCCUGGAGCUGGUGGUCAUGUUUCCCGGGGGCCUGGGAAAGGACCGGCUGGCCGAGUGGGGCCGUCGGUGCCAGGCCGAGCGGCAGACAGCGCAACUGAUCGUGGGACACGUGGGCAACAAGGGCACCCCUCCUCCACGGGCCUGGUUCCUGCCACCGGCCUGCCUGAGCCACUGCGUGAGGCUAGCACUCAUCCGCUUCCGGGUCAAGGUCUUUCAGAGCCUUGAAGACCACCAUUUGGAAGUGGUGGCUUUUUUCAGGGAAAAUGGCUUCCAUGGCCUUCUUGCCCAUGAUUCCGAGUAUGCCCUCUACAAUAUUCCCUCUUACUACAGUUCCCAUGCUCUGAAGCUGAGCUGGAAUGGGAAGAAUCUCACUACCAAUCAGUUCCUGAUGCAGGAAGUAGCCAAGCAGCUGGGCCUGAAACGGAUGAAUUUUCCUAUAUUUGCUGCACUGCUAGGUAACCACAUUCUCCCAGAUGAGGACCUGGCUGCUUUUCACUGGAGCCUCUUGGGACCAGAACAUCCCCUUGCAUCACUUAAGGUCCGAGCUCAUCAGCUGGUUCUUCCUCCCUGUGAUGUGGUGAUCAAGGCUGUUUCUGAGUAUGUUAGCUCCAUUAAAGACCCUUCAAAUCUGGAUGUGGUUGGGAAGGAUGUUUUCAAACAGUCUCAGUCUAGGACAGAAGAUAAAAUAGAGAGAUUCAAGAAAGCAGUUGAGUACUAUUCAGUCACAACCAAACUCUCUUCACUGCCAGUGGGUCCCUCCUCCUUUCUAGGUUUUCGGAAUAAUCGGCUUGGAAAUCCUCCCCUUCCACGAAAUCAGAUGGGCACUAUCUCUGCUGGAAAGCCAAUGUUUUCUCACCAUGUGCCCCAGAAAAUGAAAUAUCCACCACCAUUCCCAACGGGGCCCAACUCCUCUCUUCUCUUCUCUUCCCAUGCUUUGGGGGAAUCCCAUCCUUUUUCUGAGGAUCCCAUGCUGCAGGACAGCCCCUUUGCCAAUUGGGCUGUCUCUUAUGACUCCUCUGCAUCCCAGUUUCCCAAUUACCUGACUUCCAAAGCUUCACCUCCUUUGGGACCAGACUCUUCUCACUCCUCUUCCUCUGAUGGUGAUGAACCAAAUGGAGCCAGCUCUGAUCGUAUCAUGGAAACACUUCAGCAGCAGCCUGGAUGGGAUGAUCCAAAUGGUGACAGAGGGUCCUGGGUACAGCCCAUCGAUGCUGGAGUUUCAGAUGCCAGCCUGGGUGAUGGCGAGCCCCACAUCCCAUCCCUGCUGUCUAUGUCUACAAGGAACCACAUGGACAUCACCAUUCCACCCUUACCUCCAGUAGCUCCAGAAGUCUUGCGGGUUGCUGAACACAGACAUCGAAGGGGUCUUAUGUAUCCAUAUAUCUACCAUGUUCUCACUAAGGGUGAGAUUAAGAUCCCCGUAUGUAUUGAAGAUGAGUGUAACAUGGAGCUGCCUCCAGCUGCUCUCCUGUUCCGGUCAGCUCGUCAGUACGUAUAUGGGGUCCUUUUCAGUCUGGCAGAAACACAACGGAAAAUGGAACGCCUAGCUAUACGGCGGCGGCUACCUGUGGAAGUUCCUUCAGUGAUCCUCAAAGAGUGGUCUGCCUAUAAAGGGAAGUCACCUCAAACCCCCGAGCUGGUGUCUGCACUGACGUUUCGGGAAUGGACUUGCCCAAAUCUCAAGAAGCUCUGGCUCGGCAAAGCAGUGGAGGACAAGAACAGAAGGAUGCGGGCCUUCCUGGCCUGUAUGAAGUCAGAUACCCCCAGUAUGCUCAAUCCAGCUAAUGUCCCAACCCAUCUGCUGCUCAUGUGCUGCGUACUCCGAUACAUGGUUCAGUGGCCUGGUGGCCGAAUCCUGCAUCGCCAUGAGCUAGACACUUUCCUUGCACAGGCAGUAUCUACCCAGCUUUAUGAGCCAGAUCAACUUCAAGAACUCAAGAUUGAGAAACUGGAUGCCCGAGGGAUCCAGCUUGCUGCCCUCUUCAUGAGUGGGGUCGACACAGCUCUGUUUGCCAAUGAUGCCUGUGGCCAGCCAGUCCCGUGGGAGCACUGCUGCCCCUGGAUUUACUUUGAUGGCAAGCUGUUCCAGAGCAAGUUGAUUAAAGCAGGCCGAGAGCGAGUAUCCCUGGUUGAGCUCUGUGAUGGCCAGGCUGAUCUGGCAACCAAAGUGGAAAAGAUGAGACAGAGUAUCCUUGAAGGAGUCAACAUGAACCAUCCACCACCUUCCGCUCUACUUCCGUCACCUACUUUUGUGCCUCCCAUGGUGCCCCCUCUCUACCCUGUUUCACUUUAUUCCCGAGCCAUGGGCUCAAUGCCACCUCCCCCUCAAGGAAGGAGCCGGGGAUUCACAGGUCUCCAUCCAAUCCCUCCUCAAGGAGGAAAACUGGAGAUUGCUGGGAUGGUUGUGGGCCAGUGGGCUGGCAGCAGGUCCUCCAGGGGCCGAGGCUCUUUUGGCAUGCAAGUGGUCUCGGUUGGUGGGCCAGGAAAAGGGCAUGGAAAAGAACAGACUGGUAGAGGAUCCAAAGGACACAAAAAAGGAAAUAAACAAAGCACUUCAGAUGGAGUUUCCAAAUCCCUAGAGCCUCAUCAGGGUCGGUCCCACUCACAGGUAAAUGGAAACAAUGGCACAUUGAUCAAGGAAGAGAAGAGUGAUCAUCAUCUUCCAGCUCCAUCACAGUGUGCCUUAUCCAGAGACAGCAACGUGUGUACUAAUGGUAACCGCUACUUCCCCGUGAAGAAUGGGGAGAAGAGCUGCUUACGAGAGCAAAAGCUAGGAACUGUGGCACAACAGAAGGAGGAAUAAUGAGCAGAAGAUGGCUUCAGCAGAUCAGGAAGAGAGGAAAACCUUUACCUUUCUGAUUGUAGGCCCAAGUUAGAGGAAGACAUAAAUGCUUACCCUAGAUUUAUCCAAGAUUUUGUUGGGACAUCCUAUUGUAUUCAUCUUUUCCCUUUCCCUGUCUUUUUCUGACCUCCAGACUUCGUGGUCUGCUUCUGGGAAAGCUCUGGUAAAAGAUGAAUGGCAACAGGACUAGGUCCUAUUCUUAAGUAGAAUAUGUAAUGCCAGUAGUCUCUUUGCCUCCCCUGGGAGUGUAGUAAGGCAGUGUCUGUCAGAAAUCUGGUGUCAUCAUGUAAGGCCCUAUAGAAAAGCUCCAGCUUUGGUUUUCUGAGUCUUCAUCAUGUUACUCUUUACAAAACUUGUGGGAUGGCAGGGACUGCUGUCUGUGGCUUCCUACCUUGCUUUUUUCUCUAUGAAUUCGUGAGACCUUGGUAUAUAAUCAGUGUCUGCCUUCCUCUCGUUCUUUCCCCCCAUUCACCUAACCCAGGAUUUUAUACAACCGCCUCUAACUCUGGCCUGACAAUCAGAUAGGUAAAUGUUUUCAGGGAAGUGAAAUAGUAUUGGUUAUUUUAUUUUAUUUUAUUUUAUUUUUUAUUUUAUACACUUUAAAAAAAAAAACUACCAAUGGCCUUUGUACUGGGGGAUUCAAGUGAGUCAGAAAAGUACGGGCAGAUUUUUCCUGCCUCUGAACUAAUGCAUUGUUUGUAAAAUAGAAGAUGUGGUGCAGUUCACCCACUCCCUGCUGCCCACACCCUGAAAGGGUGGGAAUCAAUGUAAUGAAACUGAGUACGAAAAGGAACUCAAAAGAUGGUGUGUGCGUGUGUGUGCGUGUGUGUGUUUGGGUAUGGGCGUGUGGGUGUAUGUAUAUAUGAAUGUGUGUAUCUAUAUGCAUACACAUACCCUUUAUAUAAAGAGACAGAUCUAUUUAUCUAUACAUAUUUUAUAUAUAUAAAUAUAUGUGUGUGUGUGUGUGUGUAUGUGUGUGCGUGCACACGUACCUACAUACAUGGUGAUGUCCCAGAAGAUUUGCUGAAUUUCCCAGAAAUGCUUCCACUGCUAUGGAGUGGUGGGUUUCAAAAGACCACACUUUAAAAUCCUUACUGAGUCACAGCCCAUCGGUUAUGAGAAGAUGGGCUUCUCUAAAGCAGACAAAAAAAUACUUUCCAGAGAUUGCCCGUUCAGAACAACAAACAGUUGGGUUGUCACAAGUUUAAUCUUGAACGGAGUCCUCACAUCCCAUAUAGUGAACAAGAAGGUUGGAAGGGGGUGGGGAAUAUUUGGGCAUUUCCUUCUGCUAGAGCAGCCUAGUUCAGAGAGAGAAGGGGGAUGGGAGGUGAUUACCAGGGCUUGCAGUUAAUUUGCAGGAAAUCUCAUCUGGAGCUUCUGGGUCAAACCGACCUCAGGCUAGAAUUAAUUGCCAUGAAUCCCUGAAGGAGAGAGAACUAGCAUUGGAAAGAUGGGGUAGGGAAGUGUGAGGAAAUCGACAAUUUGGUUUUACAUGCCUAGAUUGUUUUAUUUGUUCAUUGACAUUUUGACUACUGGAUCUUUUCAUUUGCUUUGCAAGGAAGACUUCAGAGGACUCUGGCCCAGGCCUUUGGGGGUACUCUGUAAAGGUUCCCAGCCCCUGAUGAGGCCAGAAUCUGCCCAGGACAAAAAAGCUGUUCUUCCCUGCCAGAGAUACUCUUGAGGCAACCUUGCAUUUCCAGUUUCCCUCCUCAGCAGCUUAAGUAUGAGGGAUGGGAACAUGGCUUACAACAGAUUAGCAUUGUGUCUUCAUUCAGGAAUUGAGGCUUUCAGCCUCACACAUCUCCUUUUGGGCUUUGUGAUACUCUUGCCCAAGAAGUAAUGUCUACAGGAAUUCAACUGACUAGCAGGAUUUCUCUCUUUUUGAAAAACCCCAUGCACCUUAACCCACAGUAAGUCCUUGGCGAUUAUUUUCCAGACAACCAAAAGUCUGUUUGCUUACUGCCCACUUACAAUGAGCGCAUCAUGAGAGAUUGAAAACAGUCUCAGACUGUUUAAUCCUAGUCUAGCCCAGUUUAAGAGAACCUACAACUUGUAGGGGGAGGGAGCCCUUAGAAUGUCUCUCCCCCUGCCCAGACACUUCUUACAUAAACCAAAGCAAGAUGACAAAAGUGAACACCUAGCAAGAUAUAACCAGAAACAAAGUGUACAAAAGCCUCCUCUUUGGAAUUUGCUCCUUUAAUUUGGUCCCCCCCCCCUUCUCUUGGGCCUGCUCAGACUGUCACAAAAAUCUUGAAGGUUAGGAUUUCUAUGUCCAGCAAGAGAAGGAUUCGGUACUGAACUUAGACAGCUUGGAAAUUUCUUUCUGGAGCCAAAGAGGGAGGGAUCCUUUGAAUCUCUAAAAAUAACCAGAAUUACUGAGCUGAGUUAAAUUAAAUAUAUAGACACCAUUUUCUAAUAGGAAGUACUUGGAGUUAUAUGGAAAGGUAUUUUCUUCAGUUGCCAUUUCUAUGCAUCUUGAAUCUAUUCAACACAAUCAAGUGACAGUAUUGUUAACUCUCACAGCCUUAAGAAAAUUUAUUUUGUAGGCAUUCACUGUGAGAAGUAAAAUUGCUGCUUUGACAGGGGUGAUUCCAGUUUGCCAAAAGGCUUGCUUUUCUCCCUUUCACACCCCUCUGCUUUCUCCUAACCUGGCCAAGGGUGAAAUAAGUGGCUCACUUCCAACCUUGAUUUUUAUUUGGAUUCAGCAUUUUGGGUUUGGAAGGUCAUAAUAAAGAACCAUAAAGGGCCAUAUUCCUGUAUUUUAAUUUAUCUACCAAAAUCUACAGUUUUGAAGCCAGAAAGGCUAAGGUUCAGUACUGGAAGAUGAACUUUUUCUUACCUGAGGACAAAUUGGGGAAGGUGGGUCUGAUCUUUGCUGCUAGUACCAUUUGAAGAGACUGUCAUCCUUUACUUGAGGCUCCAUUUCUGACUAUGAUGUGUGUGCCUCUCUUGAACAAAGUCAUAUAGGAACCCCCAGAAACAACCCCUUGACCUUGUAGGGCCACAAGCAAAAGCAACCCUGGUUGUAUAUAGCCACUGACUCCCAAGGACUUGGCAUCUUGAUUUCUGCUGGCCUGUCUUGGGGUCAGCCUAAAAUUCCCACCCUUAUUCAGUGGCCAGUCUGGCCUGAACCAGGCCUGACAAACUUUUGCUCACUUGCAUCAUUUUCAUUCUGAGCCAGGAGGACUUCAGGUAGACUUUAAAGCCCAAAAAUGGCACUUGGUUUGGCCAGUGACAUUUGAUUUUUGUCUCCAUCUUGAUUUUCUGGCAUCAUUGGCCAAGUCACAUGAACUUUUUUUGAUCACUAAGAAAAACAGCCAGACAAGGCAUUAGGGAGGGUGGUUAAGGUGGGGGUGGGGGGGGGGUGGGGGGAGGAAUGCUUACGUAGGGUAGGAAGAAUGUGGAAGUAACUGUUUGGUUAUAGUGAUCCAGUCCAUUGGAACCUUAGGAGGCUUGUAUGGGCAUGUCAGUGCUACCCUUUCAGUCUCUAAGACCCCCACUUCCUUUGAAAUGACAACACAAGUAGACCACAGUUUAAAGUAGCUAGUGUAAUUCUACUAAGGUUUAAUCAUUGUUACUUGUUCACUUCCUAAUGCAUAUUUCCUAAAUAUGCUUGGGGUUUGAGGGCAGGGGGUAAGUUUUCACUGUUCCAUUGUAUGUCACUCUCUAUUAUUCUCCCUCUUGUGACUUUGGCAUCUUUAAUUUGACUUUCCACUUUCUUUCCCUUGGCUUACUGCAGUAGUCUGCUGGGGCAGGUAGAGCUCAGUGCACUUAUUCCCUUAUUACUGCUAAUUACCCUCAAUAUUGUCAGAGGUCAUUUUGAUGUUCUAAGAAGAUACAUUCAUUUUUUUUUUUUUUUACAAAAUCAUCUUUUCCAAGUUAAAAGCAAAGUAAAAUACCCCCUGUGCUAGGGUGCCCAUUUCAGCUUUUGACAUUGCCCUUGUACUUUUUAGAUGCUCUUUUGUCCGUGUUGGUAGUAACUAAUGACUAGUGAAUCUUCAUGUAAAUGAAGCAAAUUAAAUAUUUCAGAUUUUAUUAAUCUUUCAUAACCCUGCCAAAUCUGAUGACUUCAUUUUAGUUACUUCCCAGAAGACACCUCCCCUCCUUUUAUUUUAUUCUAUUCUCUUCUAUUUUUAGAAUAACAUACUAGGUUAAAGAAACUUUAACUGCAAGGAGUCAAUGAUUUUUAGUGCUCCCUGAUAAAUGAUGUUAUUGACAAAAGUAAAUUCUUCCAUUGUUUUUUCCUGUGUUAAUAUCUCUUCUCCUGUGCUCUUGACAGUGUAUUUAGUGGAUGGAUAAUAUGUAUUUCUCUUUCCCAUUCCCAGAUUCCAAAUUCCCUGCCAUUUUGGCCCACCUCACCACAAAAGCUCCAUAGUUUAUUAAUGUAAGUUUGAAUGGAUGCUUCUUAGGGGAACCUGCAGGAGUUUCUGGAAGUGUUUCAGAAAGGAAUGAAAAUGUCUCAGGAGUUCUUCUGUGAUGGAAAUUGGUCUGUUGUUCUGUUAAUGCUGAUGGAAAGAAACUUACAGUGCUUAAUAAAAGUCUAUUCUUUUAGUAAAAAAACUGAAAUAA